CAGUUUAGGUUAGGUUACAACUAUGAGAACUGAACUGCACAGAAAUCGAAUAGUCAUCGCAAACAAACACCUACUCAAAUUGUACAGCAUAAAGGACUAGCUGAUUGAUUUUACUUACCUAUUGAAAAACAUCCUUUUUACACCCUCAUACCUAAAAGGGUAGAUAUCAUCGUAGGCCACCAGUUCACAAGUCAAGUUCAUCACCCAUUUCACUAGUUCAUUAUUAUUCAAUGCAUGUAUUUGGCAAGUAUAUGCAUAGCGUACGGGGGUAAGCAGUGCCCCCACUGCCAGUGGCCGUCAGUACACAGUUCCUCGCUCAGUGCCCAGCAAGGAUGGCGCGUGAACGAGCGCGUGCGCAAGUCACCUGCCUCGCUACCGUACUAAUCCUCGCGCAAGCUGUUUUAUCCCAACGUCAUCCGAUCAAGGAAGCUCUCUUGCUCCACAAUGAUGCUUUCGGCAACGCUACCUUCGAGGACUGUGUGUGGAGACGGGAUAAGGAGAUCUGUCCCGAUCCGGACGUGAACUUACAUCUUUAUACCGAAGCAGACCCUGUUAAGAAUGUUGUAGAUCUAAGUAGUCUGGACUGGUUACGACAGAGUGGUUGGGACCCGGCUCAUGAAAACAUACUCCUGAUACACGGAUACGCUGGAGGCGAUGAUACGUUGCCGAUUGUCGUGCUUAGAGAUGCGUACCUGCGUCGUGGUGGCUACAACGUGUUUAUGUUGGAUUGGGGUGCCCUGUGCCAGCCUCCUUGCUAUGUGGCAGCGGUUCAUAACCUGCGCCCAGUAGCUCGCUGUGUAGCUGAAGCAUUGGCAACACUACGACGAGCCGGCCUUCGAACUGACAACCUCACUUGCGUAGGACACUCCCUGGGAGCACAUCUUUGUGGCAUCAUCGCUAACUAUCUGACAUUUAGACUCAACAGGAUUAUCGGUUUGGACCCAGCUCGACCUCUGAUCCGCUCAGCCCCAGCUCUCCGCUUGGACCCGGGUGAUGCUCGUGCGGUACACGUGCUGCAUACGAAUGCAGGUCGCUACGGAGAGGGCGCCCGACUUGGUCAUGCCGACUUCUGCCUCAACGGUGGAAGGAGCCAGCCUUAUUGCGAGGAUACACCAAACGAGGCGCUCUGUAGUCACAUCUGGUCGAUUUGCUAUCAAGCGGAGAGUCUGUUCCGGUCACGAGACGCGGCCCCGUGUGGACGACGGUGCUCUGUGCGGGUGCCGCCCUCUAGGGCUUCAGCAUUACCAGUGCCGAUAGGACAGCCUGCACCCAUGAGUGCGUCGGGUGCAUACUGUUUAGAAGACUUCGCGACGCCAUUUUGUCCGUACACAUCAGGUUUGAAGGAAGGUGACAACCGCUGUUGUCUAGACGAGCUGUACGCCGCGGCCGCGACAGCUGAUCCGCCGCAGCGUAAAAGACCGCGCCCUGUCAGAAUACGCGGCCCACGGUAUAGGCAUAGCGACAAUGAUAGCGAGUAUUAUACUAUAGUUUAA